UGGUUUGUGGUGAUGGUGGUUGUCAGACGAUUGAAAGUCAUUUAAACAUUUGCUACCAUCGUUGUUUUAUUUUGUGAUUAUCAUCUUUUUUCUCUAUCGACCAUGUCAUGUUUUAGUUGCGUUGAGAGUGCACCACCCGUUGCUAUAUUUGCAUUGUCCAAGGCGUAUCGUGAAGAUCCACAUCCGAAAAAAGUGGAUCUUGGAAUUGGAGCGUAUCGAACAAACGAAGCAAAACCAUGGGUAUUACCUGUUGUUCGUAAAGCAGAGGAAGCCAUUUCUAAGGACGAAACCUUGAAUCAUGAAUACUUGGGUCAAUUGGGUAUGGAGUCGUUUACUCAACUAGCAACGCGUAUGUUGUUGGGUGAGGACAGUCCAGCGGUACAGGAACAACGGGCUUUUGGUGUGCAAUCGCUUUCUGGAACGGGUGCAUUAAGAAUUGGAUCGGAGUUCCUGCGAAAAUGUGUUGGUUUCAAAACAGUUUACGUUUCGAAACCAUCGUGGCUUUGUUUACGCUCAGCGAAUCAUCAUUUGGUGCUCAAAAAUGCUGGUUUUACGGAUGUUCGUACGUUUCGUUACUGGGAUGGCAAGAAUCGUUGUCUUGAUUUUGAUGGCAUGUUAGAGGAUCUGGCCCAAGCACCUAAAGAUUCUGUGAUUAUAUUGCAUGUCUGUGCUCAUAAUCCUACUGGUGUCGAUCCAACUAUCGAACAAUGGGAGAAGAUAGCCAAUGUGAUUGAAAAGAAACAUUUGUUUCCAUUUUUCGAUUGUGCCUAUCAAGGUUUUGCAUCUGGAGAUCUAGUCAAGGAUAGCUAUUCGGUCCGUUACUUUGUAUCACGUGGAUUCGAAUUUCUUUGCGCUCAAUCGUUUGCCAAGAAUUUUGGCCUUUACUGUCAACGUAUCGGCAAUCUGACAUUUGUCGCAAAAAACGCCGACGUUUUAACCAACGUUAAGGCCCAGAUGGCUCUAAUUGUUCGUGGAAAUUACUCAAAUCCUCCGGCUCAUGGUGCUCGAAUUGUGUCACACGUAUUGAGCGAUAGUCAACUAAACCAGGAAUGGCAUGAUUGUAUCAAACUAAUGUCCGGUCGAAUCAUCCAGAUGCGUAAGGCUUUACGUGAUAAACUUGAAGAACUAAAAACACCAGGCGAUUGGUCACACAUUACAUCACAGAUUGGUAUGUUCUCAUACACUGGCCUAACUCCCAACCACGUUCGACAUCUUGUUGAUGAUUAUCAUAUUUACCUUCCCAAUGAUGGACGUAUCAGUAUCUGUGGUCUCAAUACGAAUAACGUUGAAUACGUAGCACAAGCUUUUAACGAUGUAGUAUCAAAAUAUCCAGACAAUGAAUGAUUGAAUGGAUGAUUAAUUGAUGAUCCAUCGAUCAUAGUAGUAGGUAAUACUGGUGUAUGCUUUCGAAUAGCUUAUUUGAAUCUUAAUCAAUCAACGUUUGAUCCAAAUAAUACAAUAAAAAUAAAUUUUUCUUUAA